UGCUUGACUCGCCAGCUCGCUCAAGCCCACCCGCUACGGAGCACUCCAAUUGAUUAUGUCACCGAAGUUGUCGGGCUCUUUUGCCGACGUCGGCUCCGGUCCUCUGCCUGCCCCCACACAGACAACUACGCCUCGGGAAAGAUGACGAUAGCAGACCUGCCUGCGACUCGGACCGCCUUGUAGUUGGACCUGGAUGGAACUCGGGAGAAACGUCGGCUUGCCUUUCCAACAAGGCUGACCGAGCAGAACCCUGGACCUCGAGAUAUGCCUUAACUCACCUACACAAAGUGCCCUCGACCCCUUGCCUCCACUCCGACCUGCAAUAACGUCGCCCUUGUUGCAUCUCCUUGACCACCGCAACCCAAGCUGCAAGGCCUUGCACAACAUGGCAGACCAGCCGAUCAGCCUGCAGUGGUCCGCAUCCUACAAUGUUGUCUCGCCAUCCGACCGCGCCUCACGAGGCCUCGAGGGCGACAAGAUCCGCCUCCCCCAGUCCGCUCUCGAGAACCUCCUCUCAGAGUCCACCAAACAAGCCAGCAAUCUCGGCUCGGCCUACGAUCCCUCGAACCCCUACUCACGCACAGCGAGACCGCAGUACUCAGACUCUUUGGCCGGCUUCACCGGCCAGCUGCCGAAUCCCCUGAUGUUCCGCCUCGUCAAUCCCGCAAACGGGAACACGGUCUAUGCUGGAAUCCGCGAAUUCUCAGCAGAGGAGGGCCAAGUCGCCCUGAGCCCGUACUUGCUGGAAGCGCUAGGCAUUGAUGUAGCAAGCCAGAAAGCCGGGGAAGGGGUGGACAACGCAAUAGACCCAACAGGUACAAACGGCGAAGCAGGAGGGGCAAAAAUCAGGGUUGAUUCCAAGGUUCUGCCAAAGGGGACAUAUGUCCGACUGCGCCCAUUAGAAGCUGGCUACAACCCAGGCGACUGGAAAGCACUGCUGGAGCGGCACAUGCGAGGCGCAUUCACAACAUUGACCAAGGAUGCCAUAUUAUCAGUCCGUGGAGUAAAAGGCGAGACAUUCCAGUUCCUCGUCGACAAAUUCGAACCAGAAGGAGACGGGGUUUGUGUCGUUGAUACCGACCUGCAAGUCGAUAUCGAGGCUCUGAAUGAAGAGCAAGCCCGCGAAACCGUGCGUCAGAUCAUGGCCAGGGCUCAAAGAGCCCCGGGCACCGCCGAUGGCAGCUCAGUCGGCGGUACGAUCGAUAUCUGGAAGCCAGUCCAAGGCCAGGUCGUAGAAGGGGACUAUGUUGACUAUGAGUUGGACGCCUGGGAUAAGAGUCGCGACUUGGAGAUAGGCUUGAGUGGCAUACAGGAUGGUGAUGAGAUCGACCUGUUUGUCAGCCCCCGGUCCGCUCGCUCUCGUGUUUCACCCCGCGACUCCGAGCACGUCUUUGGUGAUUUUUCGACACCAGAACAAGGAUCCAAGAGGAUCAUAGUGUCCUCACGAAACGCCGAGUUGGACGGAGCAGAUGGGUUGCGAAUUUCAGUCCACGGUUAUGCGCCGAAUGAUCAAGACAGCCCGAACACGAGCCCGAGGCCUUUCAUCUUGAGGGUUCGUGCUGCCCCAGAAGAGACAACUUCAAUUGCCGCCGAACGUCUGGAAGAGCACUCGGCAGACGACGAGCAGUGCAAGAACUGUCUCCAGUGGGUACCAAAACGAACCAUGUUUAUGCAUGAAAACUUCUGCCUGCGGAACAACAUAGCCUGCCCACACUGCAAGAACGUGUUUCAGAAGCGAUCGUUGGAAUGGCAGAAUCAUUGGCACUGCGACAAAGACGAGAGCUUCGGCAGCUCCGCGGAGAGCAAAGCCAAGCACGACCGCAUCUUCCACACACCACAUACCUGCUCGAGCUGCGGGCCUGAUCAGACCUUUCCAUCCCUCCCAUUACUGGCUAACCACCACACCACUGUAUGCCCGUCCAAACUCAUUCUCUGCCGAUUCUGCCACCUGGAAGUCCCACAAGAAGGUGAUCCCGCGGAUCCCGCUUCGGAGGCGGAAACAGCCAUCUCGGGCCUCACACCGCACGAGCGGGCCGACGGCGCCAGGACGACGGACUGCCACCUCUGCGGCAAGAUCAUAAGGCUGAGGGACAUGGCAGCGCACACGGCGAACCACGAGCUCGACAAGAAGUACCGGGAGGCCCCGCAGAUCUGCCGCGACAAGCUCUGCGGGCGCACACUUCACGGCGUGGGACCAAGGGGCCAGAUCGGCGCCGGCACGCGGAUGGGCCAGGGCCCCGGUAACAACCUGGGCAUCUGCUCGAUCUGUUUUAGCCCGCUGUACGCGGCCAUGCACGACCCCGAGGGCAAGGCGCUGCGCCGCCGCAUCGAGCGCCGCUACCUAACCCAGCUCAUGGCCGGGUGCAACAAGGCCUGGUGUGCCAACCAUUGGUGCAAGACGGGGAGGAAGAACCUCGGCAUGGAGCCCAAGGCCCCCGCCGGUGGUGCAGCUGGUCUGAUUCAGGAGGUCAAGCCGCUUGUUGCCGAGGUCGAUGAUCCGAGCAAGCCGAUGUAUUUCUGUGUGGACGAGGGCGGUCAGAAGCGCCGCAUGGUGGCUGAAGUGCUUGCUUCGGAGGGCGUUUGGGACCUGGAGUGGUGUAUUGCAGCUACUGAGGCAGAGGGGCCAAACAUGGACAAGGGGAGGGAAUGGUUGCGGAACUGGGCCCCUGCCAAAGGUGGCACCGUUUCAUGAGGUUGGAUACAGACAUCGAAGCGAAUAGACCAAUUUGAUACCCG